UUGCGCAUGGGCAUUGUGGCACCCCUUCUGUAUUAAUACUACUAUCGUUUCUCGCAUGAAAAUGGCGUCGAGUCACGGAGGUGGAGGAGCAGCCACGGCUCUGCAAAGCCAAAACUACCCGACUGGACCGAACUGGAACCCGGGUACCUUCCAUCACCAGCACCAGCACCAGCACCAUCACCAUCUCCACACGGCGCGGAGCCUGGAUCGCGCCCUGGAGGAAGCCGUGUGCUCGGGGAUACUUAGCAUUAGCGGGAGGAAACUGAAAGAUUUCCCCGGGAUGAGCUGUGACUUGUCUGAUACAACACAGGCAGAUCUGUCAAAGAACCGUUUUCUGGAAAUCCCUCCAGAAGUGUGUCUCUUUGCUCCUCUAGAGUCGUUAAACCUGUACCACAACUGUAUCAAGGGGAUCCCAGAAGCCAUCAUAAACCUACAGAUGUUAACAUACUUGAAUAUCAGUCGAAACCUUCUAUCAACACUGCCAAAAUACUUGUUUGACCUUCCUCUAAAAGUUUUAAUAUUGAGUAAUAACAAGCUUGUGUCCAUUCCAGAAGAAAUUGGGAAAUCAAAAGGCCUAAUGGAGCUGGAUAUCAGCUGCAAUGAAAUUCAGGUCCUUCCUCGACAGAUGGGAAAACUACAUUCCCUCCGAGAGCUCAAUAUAAGAAGGAAUAAUCUUCAGGUGCUCCCAGAGGAGCUGGCCAACCUUCCUCUGGUCAGGUUAGACUUCUCCUGCAACAGAAUCACAGACAUUCCAGUUAGCUAUAGGAAGUUAAGACAGCUUCAGGUGAUUGCAUUGGAUAACAACCCAAUGCAGUCCCCUCCAGCACAGAUUUGCUUAAAGGGUAAAGUACACAUAUUUAAAUACCUAAACUUCCAGGCCUGCAGAAUAGACAAGAAGCCGGACUCUCUUGACCUGCCUUCGCUGGGCAAAAGGAUCUUAUCACAGCCUCUGACAGACAGCAUGGAAGAUUUUUACCCAAGUAAAAGCCACGGCCCGGACUCAGGCAUUGGCAGUGACAAUGGGGACAAGCGCUUAUCCACAACAGAGCCAUCCGAUGAUGACACCAUCAGUCUGCACUCUCAGGUAUCAGAAAGCACGAGGAACCAGGGUAAAGCAGACAGCCACUCCGCGGGAACCAGGCCCGACGUGAAUAAAGAUCAAGAGCCAUAUGAUUACAUCGACCCCAACACAGAGGAAGACACGCCCCUUUCUGAGCCAGGGGAUGUGCAGCUCAAUGAUCCCUUCAUGUCCUGUAUGAAGGAGCUUGGGAGAGUCUUGAGUAAAUCACACAGAAUAGAGGAAAAUGACAAUGGGACAGAAGAGUGGAGCACUCAGAAGGAGCAGCAGCAGCUUGUUGAGGAGGAAGAGGAGGUCUUGAAGGAGGUCAUUGACCUCCGGAAGAUAGCGGUGCAGUUACUGCAGCAGGAACAGCAGAACAGACGGAGGCCUUUAGUAUGUAGAACCACAUUCAGUGAGAACCUAAGCCAGAGGAGAAGGGCGGCUGGACGGGCACAGAGGUUUCUUAGCCAGUCCCCAAGCAGUUCAAGUAACAGACAGAAGCCUUCUGACUCUAAUAGAAGUGUGUCCGUGGAGGAGGGCAGCACACCAGUGUCCCCACACAGCUGCAUGGAGCCAAAGUUCACUAAUGAAGACACUGCAUUCUCUCAGUCUUCGGGCUCUUUGGAGGAUAAUUCAAAGCAGGAUCAAAUGGACUCUGAGACUCACCCUGUAGUGUUUCAUAACGAAGAGAGACGGCGAAAUAAAUAUUUGAGAAAAGAUUAUAUCAAGAAUAAAUGCCAGAGCUCUUCAAGAAAAAGCUCCAGUGGAAAUGAAAAUGACAGUGAGGAUGGCAUUAAAUCUGCAGAAUACAGCACAACACUGACAGUGUUUGGUCUCAAGCCCAGAACAGCAUUUGCCCGACCAAGCCGACAUGACAGUAACUCUGCAGAUCCCGGGUUCACCAUGCGGAGGAAAAUGGAACAUCUAAGAGAAGAAAUGGAGCAGAUCCGCCAGCUUCGCCAUAACCUUGAGUCCAGGCUGAAAGUCAUGCUACCAGAUGAUGUCGGUGUUGCUUUGAUGGAUGGCGUCGUCCUUUGUCAUUUAGCUAAUCACAUUCGCCCUCGUUCCGUGGGCAGCAUUCAUGUGCCCUCCCCAGCAGUGCCUAAAUUAAGUAUGGCGAAAUGCCGAAGAAAUGUUGAAAACUUCUUGGAUGCAUGUAAGAAGCUGGGUGUUCCACAGGAAAAACUGUGUUUGCCUCACCAUAUUUUAGAAGAACGAGGAAUGGUAAAAGUUGGCAUAACGGUCCAAGCUCUUCUAGAACUGCCCGCAUCACGACCGACACAACUGUCUGCUGUGUAGUGCAGCUCUGUUAAAUAUUACUUUCAGUCUUGUGUUAAUUACUAUUUGUGUACAAAACACUGUCUUUGCCAAUAUCUGAAAAUAUGAUGCAAAUACAAUCCCAGAUUUGAUGCCUGAAAAGGAACAUAACACACUUUCUGUCACUUUAUUUUGCUUAUUAUUGUAUGUGUGUUCCAAAUGCAAUUUUAAAUUUAUGGAUAAACUAUCCCAUGGUUCUGAUAAUUACAAAAACUCAAUGGUAAUGAGUACAUUAAAAAAAAAAAAAAAAGAAUCGCGGAAAAAUGUUUCAACAAAGUCUUCAACUGUUCAAGCAAUGGUCAGUUACCAGAUUUAAUUUGAUUAGCUAAUAUCCUGCUUAGAUAAAGCACAGCUUACAGCAUUCUCCACCUGUCAACAGUAAACAAGUCAUUACCCUCCCAGAAUAAGCAGUGCCAUCCAGGGGUGAUCUAUCCUGACCAAAUCAGCUCCUAAAUAUGAAUCUCUCGGUAGUGUUAGCAGGAGAGUCAGGCUCACUAGAUGCCCGCUGUCCAGAAUAUUAUUUCAGAUACGUGGGUUAUAUUUUUCCUUCAGCUUUCACCAACGAAUGGUGAGACGUGCCAGCCUGUAAUGAAAGGUAUGCAUUCAUUCAGUGAGGACUGCCAAUCCAGACGCUUUUUGUGUUUACACUUCAAGUGCUUGUGAAGUUGGUAUUUUAGCAUUUCCUUAGUUAUUUAUUUUUGCCAAAUUGUCCACCACAUGAUGGUUGUUUCCAAGCUGUACUUUUGAAAAUAGAGAAGUUGUUUUUUUUUGUUUGUUUUUUUUUCCUUUAUCAUGUUGCAUACAGUUUUGGAUAAAAAAAAAUGUACAUUGAAGUAUUUGUAUUUAUUUAAUGUAAUUUGAAAACUCAAAGUUUUCUUUUAAGAACGGAGCAUCAGAUCUGCGGAUGCCCUGUUCAUUGUAGAUUCAUUGUAAAGAAUGAUUGGCAUUGGUAACUGAGUUAACGUGUCCUAGCUUCUGCUGCCAGAGCCCUAUAUAACCUUUAGUUGCACAAAUGAAUAUUGUAUCUGGUAAAAUAAGCUGUUUGAACAGAAAGUUUGUAAAUAUUACUGCUUUUUUCAAUUUCCAAAAGUGAAAUGAAGGAUUUUCUGCUAAAAUAUAAACCUUUACCUGCAUUUAAGGUAGAUGAGCCUUUUACAAGGUGCUCAAAAACUAGAGGUCUUAAAAAUACAGCCCUGAAACUGCACUGAGUCACUGAUUCCAUUACAAAUCUUUAUUUUCACUCUCUCUCAUUUAGUAGUCCUUCCUCUCAUUUCCUGUCUGGAUUAUUUAUUAUACUGAAAAGAUUCAUAUGCGAUUUAGCAAAUGUGUUAAUAAUACCAUGGUAAUCGAUUUUAUAUAACCCUAAUAAGUAAUCAGUACAUCUUGUGGGCUAUUGGGUCCUUAUUUGUUUUGUGUUUUACUUCAUCACUUUGAAAAACUGUUAAGCUGACCUUAUAUUGUUUUGUAUUAGCUGUAUAAGGGGGUGUAUAGAAAUGCAUUGCAGUGGAUAGGAUGUAUAGAACGCAAAUCAGUGGAUAUGAUGUAGAGAACUCACUGCAGUGUUUCACCUGCUUAUGAUACUAGCUGUUAUGUGUUUGACCUGUCUUUUCAGUGUCACUUCCAUAUGCUUUAUUGGGUCCUCAAUGAAGUCCUGUGAAACUUGGAAAUGUAUUUUAGUUAAAAUUCUUACUGUGUCAUGUUCUGAAAUACUAUCUGAGGAUAUUUUGAAGUCCAUGUUCAUGUACUACCACACACCUGGACCCUUUUGUGCGAGCACUUGACACUAAUUCAUAGAUAAUCCAAAUGGUACAGGUCAGGUUUCAUCUGAUUAGAUACCUUCCGAUAAGUCUGGGCAUGGUGAACCAUCAUAAAUAUACUGUCACAAAGCUGUCUUUAGCAUUCUACACCAAGCAUUUCAGUGUUGAUUUUAAUAUAGUCAAUUCCUGUUAGUAUGAAUUUCAAGGGACCAGCAAAGAAAAUAGUCUUAUAAAGUGUCUAAAGCCAAAUAUAUGCUGGCAGAAGUUACAUUUACACUGGAAUCACAUUUUAGUAUCAGAAAUGUACAUUUAAAAGUACUGUGCAUUUUAUAAAAAAUAUGGCUGUAACUGAACUUUUCGCAUUCUGAUCACAGGCAUUUUCAAACCACAAAAGCAAGGCUUCCUUAACAUCAGGGUAUUGAGCAAAUCGGAAUCGCUGAUGACAUGCAUCCACAGGUUUUUCUGUUCAUAAGCCUGUACUGUUCUUGAAUCCCAGUGUUUGUGGGAGUAUUUUGUAAUCUGCAGCAACAUUUUUCUUUUUCUUGUAAGGUGGUGCAUUAUCCAGUGCUUUCAACACCUCCACUUUUGUCUGCAAGGAUAGUGCAUGUUUGGCAAUUAUGGCAACUUGAAAUGCAUCAUGGGAUCUCUAAUCCCUAAACAGAACUAAAAUACAGUACCUAAAUACAUUUCCAAAUAUCCUUUCCACUCAACUGUUCAAACUAGGGCGUUUAGUUGUAUUCACAUUUUUCUUUUCUGGGAGGGCUCCAAAAUAAUUUGCACUAACAGGAAAUCUGUGUUAAGUGAAUUCGUAUUAUAAGAAGUAAUUUACAAUAAGAGACUGCUAAAUUUGGCCGGGACUCUAGAAAAUUCUUACUAUCAGGAAAUUUGUCAAAUCAGAGUUCAUUUGAAUGAGAAAUGACAGUAUAAAUAACAAACAUGGAAUACAAGGAGCUCUUUGCUUAUGUUUACGUUGAGAAUUGUGAUCACUUUCACACUCACACAUACCAUAAAUACAUUUGAUACAUUUAUAGUUUUGUUAUUGUGUCAUUCUCAAUAAUAUUUUCAACGAAAGACAUUUAGAGUUGCAGACAAAAGUACUGGCACCCUACGCGUAUUGUACCAUAAUUCAAGGUAACAGAUUAAGGAUAAGCAUUUGGCAAACUAUAAACGCUUUUCAAUAAAAUACAUCAUUUCUAGUAAUCUAACAAAUUAUACUAUAAAAAAUCAAACAAGCUUAUUUCAGUAUGUUACAACUUAUUGGUGAAAUCUGGGCCCAUUCUGUCUUGCAUAUUUCCUUCAGCUCAGAGAGAUUGUAUUGGACAUCUUUGUUCAGAUCAAUCCAAAGCAUUUCUAUUGGAUUGGGAUCUGAUGAUUGUGAAAGUCAUUCCAGAAAUGUUUUUCUUUUCUUAAAUUCCAGAGUUUACUUAGCCGUGUGCUUUGGGUUGUUGUCCUGUUGGAAGAUACACUGUCUGCCAAUCGGCCUACGAGCAGAUGGAAUCAUUGUACUCUAGAAUGUUUUGAUACAUGGCUGCAUUCAUUCGAUCUUCAGUCACGUGAAUGUCUGCAGUUCCUGAAUUUUUUAACAAAGCACUGUGUAUUUUGAUCACACCUCCUCCAUGUUUAUUUUAGACUCAUUGGAACAGAGAAUUUUGUGAAUGUUAUUUAAGUGGUUUGCAGCAAGGUGUACGUCUACAGCUCGUCUGUGUUCAGGUGCCUUUGUACAGUCCUUUCAUGCACUGUUUUGCCUGAUGCUUCUAAAUCAGUCCUUGGCUGUUAACCUUGGAUGUUUUUAGCUGCUGUGAUUAUUCUCCUACCUGCUAUACCAGUCAUUUUCUUUGGACGUUGAGGUUCAGGUGGAUUUGUUCCAUGGGUAUUCUUGAUUAUUGCUCUGAUUGUGGAUUUUGAUGGUCCAUAUUUCUUUUGAUACUGUUCUGAAGCCAUUUCCUUUGUUGUAGUCUUGGUACGAGUGGUUUUCUCAAAAGUGAAUCCAACUCCUUUUUCUUGACCAUCAUCUGCUGUGUUGCCAAAAUGUUCUUUAACAGAUGUUGGAAGUAGUGAGCUCUUUUUCCAGGUAGUAACUUUAUAAAGCAGAUUUGUUUACUGUGUAAUGGUUUUCAAUCAAUGAGUGUAUUUUUUAAUUAGUUCUAUUACGUUUUUACAGACUUAAUGUAA